CUGGAGUGAGCUUCCUGCAGAGAGGAGCCCCGGCCUGCCUCAUUUUCUCCUGGCGGGUCAGCAGCUCUGUGUUUCAGUCUGAAGCCUUUGGCUGCUACGGAACCGUUUGGCUCUUUUUUCUACCAGAGAACAAACUGUACAUCCAGCUCAAAUUUACAGCUUUAUUUCUACAUUUAUGCCCGGAAACACAAAACAUAUCGGUCACUGGGAGUCCCAAGCAGCAGCCGAGCGGGUCCGGAGACCGCUAUAACGCGUUUUGGAGGUCUAAACAGAGCCAGAAACCUACGGUGGUGGAGGAGGAGAUUCCACAUUAGGAGCCUUCCCCCACCACCCCUCCCUGGUGUCAUUUGAGCUUAAGGUUCUGAGCUCAUGGUACAAAGCCCUGACUGAUCAUACUGCUGGUGCAUACAGACCUACUACUGUGGCUGGGUGUGUGCGUGUUGACCUCAUGGUGUAACAGGAUUAAAGAUGAGCAUUAGCAGUGAUGAGGUCAACUUCCUGGUCUACAGAUACCUACAGGAGUCAGGGUUCUCUCAUUCAGCUUUCACCUUUGGUAUAGAAAGCCACAUCAGUCAGUCCAACAUCAACGGUGCUUUGGUGCCCCCUGCUGCGCUCAUCAGCAUCAUUCAGAAGGGUCUGCAGUAUGUGGAGGCUGAAGUCAGCAUCAAUGAGGAUGGCACGUUGUUUGACGGACGGCCAAUUGAGUCCUUGUCCCUCAUCGAUGCGGUGAUGCCAGAUGUGGUUCAGACAAGGCAGCAGGCUUACCGGGACAAAAUGGCCCAGCAGCAGGCUGCAGCUUCAGCACCAGCAUCAACAGGGGGAAGCAGCGUAGCUGGGAACCCCAAGAACGGAGAGAGUACUGCCAACGGGGAGGAGAACGGAGCUCAUGCCUUAGCGAAUAACCACACAGAUUUGAUGGAAGUGGAUGGAGACGUAGAGAUUCCUCAAAACAAGGCCAUGGUCCUGAGGGGUCAUGAAUCUGAGGUCUUUAUCUGUGCCUGGAACCCAGUGAGUGACCUGCUGGCAUCAGGGUCUGGUGACUCAACAGCUCGGAUCUGGAACCUGAGUGAGAACAGUACAAGCAGCUCCACACAGCUGGUUCUGAGACACUGCAUACGAGAGGGAGGACAAGACGUUCCCAGCAACAAAGAUGUCACCUCAUUAGACUGGAAU